AUGAAUAUAUUCCUUAAUUUACCAGAAGAAGUAUUAGCACUUAUUAUUAAAUAUAUCAAUAAUAAACAAAAGCUUGAAGAAUUGAUACUCAUUCCAGCGGUACAACAAUAUGCGUUACGUGAGAGAUAUUCAACUUAUAGCAUAGAAGCUUCAAGUGAAACCUAUGAUGGAUCAAUCGAAAAAUUGAAAGAAAUAUGUAUCGAAUACAACUUCAAACCUUCAAAGAUAAUAGGAGAUGUUUAUGGAAUAAAUCAACUAAUUAAAGCGUCAAAGUCCAAACCAGCACCAAAGAGAAGAACAAGAUCAAGCGUACAAAAUGUCAAUCAAGUCAUAAAUACUAUCGAUUUUGGUCAAGCAGAAUUUGAAGUUGUAUUACCUAAUGGAAGUGAUUAUUCUAAGUUGAGCUCAGUUGUUGAAAAGCUUAAUGUAACUGGAAUCCAUAUGAAUAAAGGAGGUAUUUCUUUUUACACUAUGUAUGGCGAAAAUCAAAGAGCAUCAUUUUUGGAAUUGAUAAAAUCAAGUAAUUUAACAAUAUUAACUACAAUUUAUCUGGACUCACUUCAAAUUCAACCACCCGAAUCCCUAAAAGAGUUGACAAUUUAUAAUAAAAUGAACCAAAAUUUCUCCUUGGAUUUAAGCACAUUGAAUAAUCUUCAAAAAUUUAUUUGUCAUGACUUAGGAGUAAUGGAUUCAUUAGAUGAUCUUCAAAUACCCGAAUCAAUUAAAUAUUUAGAAUUACAAUCUUGUGGAAUGCAAAAUUUAAAUAAUUUGGAAAGUUUAGUAAAAUUGGAAACACUUAUUAUAAAAGAUUGCUCUAAUUUUAUUAGCUUCAUCAAGUGCAUUUUACCUGAAUCAUUAAGAACUUUAUCCUACGUCAAUUUUAUCACGAAAGAAAAAGUGAAUCGACUAUAUAAUGAAGUUAAAGAACUCGAAAAUGAUCAAUUUGAAAUUUCAGAUUUUUCAAGUGAUGGCAAAUCAUUAAUUGUUGGUCCUAAUUUCAUUUUCCCUCAAAAAUUAUAUAAUAUGAGUAUUCAAGAUCCUAUGAGUACCUUACAAAUUGAAUCACAAUCAGCAUUCAGAGGACUUGAUAAAUUAGAUUUAGAUGGUAUAAAAAAUUUCAAUUUAAAAGAAUUUUUUCAGUUAUUACAAAAUGAAUUAACUUCAGUGAGUAUCAGAAAUUGUCAAAUCUUGGAUGUUGAGGACUGCCAAUUUCCCUGUGUAAAAGAAUUAAAAUUUUCAGGAAAUACAAUCAACACGGUUUUCAAAUCAAAUUUAUCUCAGUUGGGUUGUUUAAAAGGUUUAGUGAUUGAACUGAAUACUUAUGCUAAUUUUUUUGGUGUGGAUCCUAUCAAAUUUUUUACAAUUGAAAAUACUUUUGUUGAUUCAUCUGGUGCACCAAAGAGGAAAGUUGCAAAAAAAGUUGAAUCAACCUCAAGUGACCAAGCUGUUUCAAUCAACUUGCCAAAUUUACAAUUUUUAAGUUUGCAGAAAUACAAUAGAACUUGGGGAAGAAGAAAUAAUUAUUAUAUUGAAGAUAUUCCUCCACCGGUAAACUUAAAUGGCUGUAAAAGUUUAGUUACUUUAUCAAUGUUCAACAUGGGAUAUAAAAUUUUGAAUCUUGACUAUUUACCAAAUUCGAUAAAAUUUAUGAAAUUUAGAGAUUUCAAAUUUUUCUCAAUUGUCGGUGUUUUUGAUAAAUUUUCACAUCUAGAAGAGUUAGAUUUAAGAUCUAAUGAAAUUAGCUAUUCAAUGUUAUCAAAUCAAUCGUUCCCAAAUAGUUUAAAAAUUUUAGAUUUAUCAGAUAAUAAACUUGAAGAUUUGACUUGUUUAUAUCUUUCAAAUUGUACUAAUUUAAGUGCUUUGUUUUUAAAUAAGGUAACUGGUCUGGAUAAUCCAAAAGGUGCAAUGGAAUUAAAAGAAUUGUUUUUAAAAAUUAAUAUUGAUUCAAAAGAAAGUAUAGCUGAAUUGAGUCAUCGUAAUUCAAAGAAGAUUUUUAAAAUUGUUAAUGGUAUAGAUGUUAGAAGAGCUGCUAAAAGGGAAUCAAAAUCAAAAUCAACAUCAAAAGCAAGAUCAAGAUCAAGACAUACUGAUGAUGAUCCAGCUUACAGAGGGUGA